UUACACAGAAUCAGGCAUCUGUGGGAUUUGCUAGUAAAGUACCCUCUGUCUUGCCUGUGAUCUUGCAUGUAAGUUCUGUGCAUGCACAGUUAGCUUGAUGAGUCUUGAAGGUCUUCUGUAAUCAUUCAACUUAAAGGAUGGAGAAGGUGUGCUUAAGCUAGAAGAAUGGACUUGCAUUAAAGCAGAUGAGUGUUACUGCUACCUCAGCUGAGGGGAAGUUUCCAUCAGCAGAAGAUACAGAGAAGAGGCAACCUGACGUCUUUCAUGCUUUGAAAUUGGGCAACUUUCAGCUGGUUAAGGAGAUAGUUGAUGAAGACUCAAGUCAAGUCAAUGUUACCAAUGUUGAUGGCGCAUCUCCAUUAAUGAUUGCAGCUGUAGCGGGACAGCUGCCCCUUGUCCAGCUCCUUGUUGAGAAAAAUGCUGAUGUUGACAAACAGGAUAAUGUUCAUGGUUGGACAGCACUAAUGCAGGCCACAUACCAUGGAAACAAAGAAGUUGUAAAGUAUUUGUUAAACCAAGGAGCUGAUGUCAAUCUUCGAGCCAAAAAUGGAUACACUGCUUUUGACUUGAUAAUGCUGCUGAAUGACCCAGACACAGAACUUGUACGGUUACUCGCAUCAGCAUGCAUGCAAGUAGACAAAGACAAGAAUAAAAUGAACAGCAGAUCAUCUUUGCCUUCUUCCAGAAGUAGGCAAUCCUUAAAUGUCCCAAUGCUGCCAGAUGACAAAGGAGGUCUAAAGUCUUGGUGGAGCAGGAUGUCCAAUCGGUUCCGCAAGCUGAAGCUGACUCAGACAUUGCGCCAUGGAUUUUCUUCCAAUCAGUUUGGGCCUUUUCCUGAUGAACCUGAAUCUUCAUUAAAUUCCACCAUGAAAGCAGUUCCACAGAGUGACACAAACUCCUCUGGAACUUCUGAUGCUCCCAUGGCCUGGGUCACAAAUAACACAGGUGUAAACACUGCAAAAGGAGGGAAGGAUGAUGAAUUAUUGACGACCAUGUUGAGAAGUAGUGCUCCAUUUACCAGGCUGCCUAAUGAUAAAUUGAAAGCAGUGAUCCCCCCUUUCUUACCACCCUCCAGUUUUGAACUUUGGAAUUCUGAUCGAACGCGAAUCAGCAAAGAUGGCAAAGCUGAACAGAUGAGAACUGCCUGGCCACAGAGAGCAAUCAAGCACGAUUUUAACAGUAGCGGGAACUCAGAUGUAACAUCUGUUAGCAAAGGUACGAGACCAGUCAAAUUACCAGCAUUUGCAAGAAGACCUGCAUCUCCUUCAAAUUCUACCAAUUUCAACCAUUCUCCUCAUUCUUCUGGUGGAUCCAAUAACAUUGCAGGAAUUAAUAGGCAUGGAGGAGAACUGCAUAACAGAUCAGGUGGCAGUGCAGACAAUGUUUUAUCACAGAUUGCAGCCCAAAGAAGAAAAGCAGCAGGCUUACCUGAACAGAAGCCCAGCCAACACAAUAGUCCAGUCCAGGCAACUCCUUCAUCCACCCUGUCUGAUAUGCAAUGUGCUCAAACAGUUGGUAAUGGACACGUAGUAAAGCAAAAAACAGAGAUGACCAAAAGGCCUCCAUCUGGAACUUCAUCUACAUCUAAAAGCACAUCACCAACUCUCACACCUUCCCCAUCACCCUCUCCGUCUCCUAAAGUUCACAACAUGGAGUCCUCUCUCUCCUCUUCUCACAGACAGGCCAAGAGCAACGGUUCCAGCAGUGGUACUAUUACAGAAGAUGGUAAUCACUUGGUGGACCAUCAACAGCUUUUUCCUAUUCUGAGAACCAGUGACAUAGAGAAUCAUGAAAGAAGAAACCACAUGAGAGCAAAAGGAGGUGGUGACAACUUGGAGAAAGAUGAGCUGACUGGCAUCCUUAAAAAAUUGUCCCUUGAGAAAUAUCAGCCUAUUUUUGAGGAACAAGAGGUGGAUAUGGAAGCCUUCCUUACUCUUACUGAUGGUGACCUGAAAGAGCUGGGUAUUAAAACUGAUGGUUCAAGGCAGCAAAUUCUGGCAGCUAUUUCUGAACUGAAUGCAGGAAAGGGACGAGAGAGACAGAUUUUACAAGAAACUAUACACAACUUCCACUCUUCCUUUGAGAGUAGUGUUAGUAACACACGGCCUCCUGGUCAUUCCCAGAGUAAGUACUACCUGACAUUAACUGAAUGGUGUAUCAUUAUUUCUAAUUAAUGUUAGUUAUAGGACAGAAUGUGGAAAACAAACUAGUUAACCAUUUUCUUUGUUUGAUGCAUAUCUGUGUCUUUCACUAAGAUUGUAGAGAAAUAAAAAAGAAGAGAUAUUUAUAAGAUCUGUGCAAACACUUCAAUAGUAUUUGAAAGGGGUGUAAGAUUUUUGUUUAGCAUUUAUUAUUAUUGAACACAGAAAAUGGAUAUAAGUAUAGCAAAAUGAAGUAUAUGAUGAACAGCAGCAGUGAGAGGUGAGUUUCUGUAUGAUAUAGGGUAUUUGGUUCUUUUUUUCAUAAUGUUUAUAUGAGACAAUUUCCUUUAGUGUAAUCAAGUAGAUCCAACGUAUUUGAGGUUUGCAAUUUAGUGUACUGGCUUGAACAGCUACUUUGAUUAUGUAUUUAUGUAUGCAUGCAUUUAUUUUGUAUAGGUAAUAUUUUUAUAUGACUGCCUGUAGGUGCCUUGUUUAGUAUACCUCCAUUCCAACUACCAGUGUUAAUUGCUAACCAUUGCAGUGGCUAGCAAAACUAAAACUGCAUUUUAAAUUUUAGAUCUAUAAUCAAAAUGCAUGGAAAGGUGUUCUGACCUACAUCAGUUAAAUACAUUCAGCACAGUACACUUAGAUGUUAAAGCUUUAAAUUUCUGCCCUGCUAACAGUCUGAGCCAAAGACAAAUACAAAUCUGUUAAUCGAGGUCAAGGAAUAGGACGAAACUUAUUCCUAUUUGUAUUUCUGGACCUAUGUUUUAGCAGGAACAUAAGGAUCAUAGAAUCAUAGAAUCACAAGGUUGGAAACGACCUAUAAGAUCAUCUAGUCUACUCGUCUUCUCAUUACCACUGCUACCACAAGCUACUAAAAAGAUAUUGAUGGCCUUAAGAUAUUAAAAAGAUAUUGAAUGGCCUUAAGAAAUUUACCCUCUUAAGUACCUUUACUUUCCUUCAGUUGCUUGUUUUUCACCUUGCAUCCACUCACAAAAUUACUACACUUUUUUUGUGGUUAUGCUAAAUAUUUGAGGUGUUGUGUUCUUUAGCAGGCCUAUGUAAUGAAUAAGUCCCAGUUGUUCCAAUCUUAAUCAGCUGAAUAUCAUUAAAUAUGUGAAAAAAAGUUAAAACUGUAGUUACACUGCUGUCUUUGUGAAAACUGGUCAUUGCUAAGGUAGUUAGCCAAUGUGAGCAACUUCCUGGAUUCCAUAUAGUUUGCAUGACUGAAAGCUGUCAGGUAUCAAUGAAUGCAUUGUGCAGCUUACUUCCCAUUCUCAGAGUAGUCAGCGUGUGUGGGAACUUCUGGAUAUCUCUUGAUAACAUUUCAGACUUGAAGAGCCUCUUCUGUAGGUAUUACUAGGUGAGCAGAAGCCAAUACUUGGAAUUUGAUAAAAUGAUGCAUUGAACUGGAAUUACUCAAGAACUGAAGAAACAUACAGAUGUAAAUUGUCUUCAAGCAACUUGCUGAUGUCUUGAAGACAGCAGAAAUCAGUAAUUGUGGCACAGAGCUGAGAAGAAUGUUGUUUUGUAAGAAUGAGGCAACAGUUGCUUCUGCUCAUUGGAGAUCUUGCUUUUGGAUUAUUGUGUGUGAGAGCUCCAUGAAGUAGAUUUGGUUAAGAUACAGCAACAGAAGCAAUAGCAGAGGAAGUGAACAUGUAGGUAAAAGAAGUUUCCAUACCAGGUAAGCUGCUUUUUAUUUUAAAAAGUAGCAGUGGGACCUUUUCAUAGUCUCUGGAACUUAAAGUAAUUUCUAAGAAGGUGUAAUAUUUUAAAACAUAAAUCUGUUCUGAGUGAGAUCCAAAAUUCACAGCUGUACAGCUGUAUCAUCUGGUCUCAUCUGACAUUUGUGUAAAGAGCUACUUUCUUUCACAUCUUUCAUUUGUUGUGAAUUUACCAUUCCCCUUGUCCAUUUUUGAUUAUCCUACUGGAUCAGAAGUUACAGCAGAUGAUUUGUUCCUUCUUCACUGCCUCCAUCUCACAGGUGAUUUUAUAGAUAUCUGUGAUAUUCUUCCUUAGCUGUGUUUCUUUUUCCAGAUGGAAGCCUUGGAGGCUUCUUAAACAUUCCCUAUACCAUAGUUUUUCUGUCUUCAUUUCUUUUUCCCACUAUAUCCUUUUAGACUUGAAGAUACCAGCCUGACGUAAAAUACUCAAGAUGUAGGCAUAUUGUUGACUUAAACUUGAUGCAGUAAUUGCUUUUGAAGUACCUUACCUUUUCAGUUCUCUUACCUUUUACUAGUUGCUUCGAGUACUUUGCUUUUUUAAGUACAGUGGAAGACUGAAUUGGUACUCGUUGGAACUGUAUGUUACAGCCCAGAUCAUCUACUGAGAGUGAGCUGAGAGCUUAGCAUUUUAUAUUAACCAUUCAUACAUUUUUUUUUUUUUUUCCUGUAUGCCUAAUUUCAUAUUAGCUCAUUUUUAUCUUCAUCUGAUUUUGUCUGCCUUAAUACUGUCAGGUCACUAAAGUCUCAAAAAGUCCUUUAUCCACUUCACUGUUUGCCUUUGUUUUUGUUUAUGUGGGUAACUUAGGAAAAUUUGUCGUUUGACUCUAUAUGCCCUUUCCCAUUCAUAUGGGAAUGUCCGUAUAGUCCUCUGUGAAAUGCUACUAGUGAAUCUCUCCACUGUGGAAAGUCACUGUUUACUCUGACCUUCUGUCUUCUGCCUUCUUAUCUAUUCUUUAUCCACACAAGAAAUGUUUUUACUCUCUGGAUUUCUUGUCUUAAGAGCCAGCCUUGGAACUUGCCAAAUACCUUUUAAAAAUUCAGGCAUCAAGUGGAUCUCUUCUGUGUAUAAUAUUGUUGGCACCUUCAAGAAAUUCCAGUAGGCUGAUGAGACAAGAUAUUCAAUUCCCUUUCUUAAUUCUUUUCCACAACAUUUCAGAGGUUCAUUAUUUCAAUUUUUUGCUCAUGCUUACUUUCCUCCUACUAUUUGCCCUCUCUGUCUGCCUGUCUCUGCCAGGGUCUGUGUUUCCCUGGAUCUCCACUGGAAUCCUUGAAAAGAUGAGCAUCAUUUUUUAUCAGUUCUGUAACCUGGCAAUAUAAACAAGAAUCUGCUCUCUGUUCUCAGAAGUUGAGCUGCUUAAUCACUGACUUCCUCUAGAACUUGUGGCUUAGCAGUUUGUUACUUGCUUUGUGUAUUUCUUUCAUAAUCUUUUUUUAGCAGUACUUCAAGUUAAGAGACCUUGGAAUCCCACAUAAGGAAGGCUUCUUUAUGUGAAAUGGGAACUUUCACAAGCUUCUCCAUAGUAAAUACACUUAGUUUUUGCUGUUAACUUAAUUCUGAAGCUCUUAUUGCCAUCUAAUAGUUGGAUGGCAUCAUUGCAUCUGAAACAGGUUACUUCUCUGAAAUGUUUGAAAAAUAUAUGAAAUAUUUAUGCUUUUUGCUUGGUCUAAUGCCACUGCUUUCUCUAGAGAUCUUUCUGGACACAUCGAGCAGUAUGAGAAGAAAAGCUGCUUGAUGAUUCUCCCUUUCGUGAUGUUGCUCAUGUGGUAAUAGUAGUAUCCGACUCUUUCAACUGUGUCAGUGUCACUGUUUCAUACCUAUCACUGUGACCUCAGUAUUUUGAGUAAUUUUAAAAGCUUAGUACCUAAAAUGGAGUGGCUGCAAGUGUAGCUCUGCUUUUAUGAAGUUGCUAGCCUUUAGGGAUGUAAAGAAGAUAAUGCAUUGCAAUCCCAACACAUCCAUAAGGCUCAGGA